AUGACAUUAUCAUCUCCACCAUUGACGUUGCGUGUGGAAUUCCAGCAACAAUUUAGACAAUUCGAGCAAUUACAUGGUCCAAUGACACUACGAUUGACACAUGGUCCCGUUUCAUUAAUUGAACUGCAGGACAUUAUUCAGCAACACUUGACACAAUAUUUCGAGACUCCAGCCACUAAACUUGACAUUAAAAUUGAAAUUCAUGACCAGAAAUUACAACGAUUUACACCACUCAAGGAGCUAUCACAACUAAGACGUCGUUCACGAUUGAGUGUGAUUUUCACAAACACGUCCGAACUAUUCCAAGAUCACACGUGUCUAGCACUCCCAUCGAGAAUCUUUGGCUUCAAUGCGGCGGCUACAAAUGACAAGAUUAUUAUUGAUAAAAGAGUGGUACAUAUUGAAGAAGUGGGGAAUGCCGGCAAAGGCACAGGGCUAACAACGUGGGAUGGAUCGGUGGUACUAGCCAAGUAUCUGGAAUAUCAACGUCGUGAUGAUAUUGCUGGCAAAAAAAUUGUAGAAUUGGGGGCUGGGACUGGACUUGUAGGGAUCGCUGCUGCGUUGCUUGGAGCACAAGAGGUGAUUCUUUCUGAUCUUGACUAUGUGAUUGACAAUCUUGCGAACAACGUGGCAGAGACAAUGAAGCUAGCAGCUAAUGCUAAUCGACCCGUUGACUGUGACGUCUCUACUCGUGUAUUGAACUGGUUUGAUCCACCCAUAAACUUGGGAGACAUUGACUUUAUAUUGGCCUCGGACGUUGUAUGGAUUGAGGAACUUAUUCCACCACUCGUGGCAACUGUUGACCUAUUGCUACGUCAUUCAGCUGUAAAGACUGAGAUUCUCAUGUCGUAUCAGAAGCGCAGCAUUGUGUCCGACCAAGUGCUAGUCAGUGAAUUGAAGCGCUACAAUUUCGUUACGACGCGUGUACCAGUGACAAAUUUACAUCCCGAGUUUUCUACCGAUCGUAUCGAUGUGUGGAUCAUUAAAAGGGACGACAGAAGGAACUAG